AUGAAGUUGCUCUCGAUUUUUGUUGCUUUGGCCGCUGCCGUUGGAGAUCUCAAGAAGUCACGAAAGAUUAAGACUCAUACUGCUGCCAUUGGCAAGCCUGCUCCAGCAUUUACUGCCGAAGCUGUCGUUGACGGUGAUUUCCAGCAGGUCUCGCUCUCUGAUUACAAGGGCAAGUACCUUGUCUUCUUCUUCUAUCCCCUCGACUUCACAUUUGUCUGCCCCACUGAAAUUAUCGCCUUCAGCGACCGAGUCGAAGAAUUCCGAGCCAUUGGCGCCGAAGUCGUUGCCGCUUCUGUUGACUCUCACUUUACCCAUCUUGCCUGGACCAAGACUCCACGAAAAGAAGGUGGUCUCGGAAAGAUGAACAUCCCUCUUGUAUCAGACUUGACCAAAUCGAUCUCGCGUGACUAUGGUGUUCUUCUUGAGGAUCAAGGAAUCACUCUCCGAGGUCUUUUCAUCAUCGAUCCUGAUCAGGUCAUCCGACAAAUUACCAUCAACGAUCUCCCAGUCGGCCGCGAUGUCGACGAAACCCUUCGACUCGUCCAAGCCUUCCAGUACGUCGACAAGCACGGAGAGGUCUGCCCAGCCGGAUGGAAGCCAGGCAAAGCUACCAUCAUCCCCAACCCUAACGACAAGGUCAAAUACUUCUCCAAGCAAGAUGAACUCUAA